AUGGCGUUGAAGCGUCAGCCUUCCUUCCUGCUGGUGACCUUUGGUCUUUUCUUGGGGCUCUCCCUAGAUAUGGUGGAAUCUGCAUCUUGCCCUGCGGCUACGUUUAAUGCUUUAGCAGUUUGCGAAGGCGUAGAAUGGAAUAGCGUCAAAAAGUCUCCAAACCUCACCCAAGUAGUUUGUGACAACUUUGAAAAUUUAGCCCAGGUUAACAGGACUUUUAUCAUCCGAGCCUUGGAGUUUGGGAUGAGGAGGACAGGGGAAGUUCCACUAAAUAUUGUACAGGUUCUUAUCAACCAAGUGGAUGAAAAGGAGCUGGAGGCAGCGCUGGAGGAAUUUAAUCGCAAGAUUGUGAACUCCUCCCUGAUCUCACACCGGUGGAAGACCACCCUACUGCAAGCCUUGUGGGACGAGAAGCUGCGAAAUGAGGAUCGUUUCAAUGAGACGGCGUUUGUGACAUCCUGGUUCCAAGAGAGGCUUUGGCUUUUCAUCUCUGCAAUUUCCGGAGACAUGCUCCAGUGCCUUUCGAAUGAAACCAUGCAAUGCACUCAGUACCAGGCGAUAGUUAAAGGCCUCGAUGGGGAAUUCACGAACAUGAGCCCCCAAACCCAAGAAGACGUCUUCAGCUCUUUCCAGCUUCCUUACUUGAAGGGGUUGAAUUCCAAUGGGUCAGGGUGUACUGAGCACCUCAGUGAUGCCAUGUGGCUGACAGCCAAUUUUGGAAGGUUUAGCCGAUAUGCCAACUACGAAGACUUUGUUGCUCUGAAUUCCAGGUUUAAUGGGUUGGACGUCCUCAAGAACUUAACAGUGACCCAGCUUGCUCAGUUGUCUGCCACGGGGGGAGCCCUCGAGACACCUGGAGAUGUCCAGGCCCUGAUGGAGUUCAUAGAGACCUCUAUGUUGACUGAAUACAUAGACGAAUUCAAUAAGCAGGCCCAUGUGAACCUGCCAAAGGAGAUCCAAGCCAGCCUUCUGGAGCAUGUCCUUGUUGCAGCCCAGCCGAUAUUCCAGGAGGCAGGUGAUGCUGAAUUUAUUCUCUGGAUGGAGCGACGCCUCCCAGUCUUGAUAUCAGGAUUGAACAGCACACACGUUCCUCUCUUGUUUGACCAUCUGGAGCCCAGAAACUGCUCUGCCAUCAGCUCAGUGACAGAUCUGCUCAAUGGCUCCAUUGGUGAAUUCAACAAUGCUACGAGACGGGACAUUUUUGAAGCAAUACGCAGCACAAUCGCAAACUCAUCUCUCCAGUGCUAUGCCCCAAACUCCAGUUUUGCUGUGUUCUUGGAAGAGACAUUUCAGGGGUUUGCUUACCUUCUGACAUUAAGAGAUCUGGAGUCCCUCAUUCCCACAUCUGACCUCCAAGAGAUCGUGAACACAAUCCCCCCAGAUGAUCUUGCGGACUUGCUGUCCAGGGAGGGAUUCCUCAAUGCAGAUUCUUUCUUGACUGCUGUGCUGCAAAACUAUACGAGGAAUGGGGCAUUUAUUGACCGAUUUAAUGAGAAAGGCAUUACCGACCUCCUUUCCAAUGAUACUAAGACUGCUCUCUUGGCCGGCGUGUGGCUCACUGUGGUUACCAGCAGCAGCAACACAGAGGUGGACUUGUGGCUUCAGGAUCGCUUGACUCACUAUUUUAUGUUCCUCGAUGGCAACAUGAUGAAUGCCAGUGAGACCCUGAAUGCCAGCUGUGCGAUGUUCCAUAAAAUCAUUAGCAAGCUGAGCACUGACGUUGAGGUGUUCGGAAGGAGGGAGGAAGAACUGUACUAUUCUAUCAAAGGCUACCUGAUGGCAACGGAAGCUAGGCCUCGUUGUUAUAAUGCCAGCGACCCAGAGACUUCGGAUUGGCUUGUCACGUACCUCGGAGAUUUUAUCAGCUACAGCAGUGCUAGGGAUAUGCGCUUGUUCACAAACUACAGUGCGGCCACAUUCCAGGAUCUUGCUCUCAACCCAGACAACCUGGAGUUUAUCUCCAGAACCAAGAUGCGGAAGGAUUUGGCAGAGAUGUAUGCCGCUGCCCUCUUUGCCAGGGAUCCAGAGUUCAGUCUCGAUAACCUUCCGGACCAGCUCAUCUGCUUCGCUAGACAUUCGGCCCAGAUUUCCAGCCUCAGCCCUGCAGAUGCCUUGUGCAUCGGCUCUCGCAUCAAUCGCUUCUGCAGUGCUCCUCAGCCGUCUGCAUCCGGCCGUCAGCUUGCCAUGAUGCUUGUGGCACAAAUCAAGACCUUUGAUGGGCAGACUCUGGUGGCCUUGGGGCAGCAGGCCGUGGGGCUGACCACUGCUCAGAUUUCAAAUAUCACAGCACAAGAUCUCGUGGACCCCAGGGUCUUGGAAUCACUUGGACAGGUCAAUGGCUGGAACAGGGGGCAAUCCCAGGCGCUGGUGAACAAGAUCCUCCACAGGAAUUUCAGGCUGGAUACUGCUGAGGCGUUUGAGAGACUCGGCACCCUGGUGCAAGCUUUGCCAAGCAAUGGCUUCGACAGCAUCUCGGCGGAUUUGGCAAUUGAGCUGGGGAAGACCGCUAGCUUCCUGGAUGCGCUCAGAGCUGCGCCAGAGUCUGUCAAGAAAGCAUUCGUUGACAAGAUCCUCUCCAACUCCUCCUCCCCCAGUGACAUCCUGAACAACGUCCCGGAAGAUUUGGUGGACCAGGUUCCAAACUCGCUCUUGAGAUUUCAGGGCAACAUUACGGAUCUUCGCAAAAUCAAUGAGAAACGCUGGUCACCACAGCAGGUGGCUGUCUUUUUUGGAGAGGUCUUGGCCAGUACUGACAACUACACAGAGCUUUCGCCGUUCGUCCUACAAGGUCUCCAGUGCAAUGCAGCCAGCAAGCUGACCCCUAGACAGCUGUCCUCCCUCACCCGAGAAGUGAAGGUUAAGAAUGCCAACCUGAGUGCUGACCAGGUGAGAGGUCUCCUUGGGCCUAGGCCAAGCUGA